AAAGAAACGACAUCGUACAGGGUUGAUACUAUUAUCCUCGAAUCUGCAAACUGACUCUUGAUUUCUGAACUCUCAAACAAAUCCUAUGUUGGGUUCUUUCUUUCGAAAGCUCGAGAGUUGAAAAACAAACCUCCUUCCUCUUAGCAAAACAGGAAAUAAGCUCGGAAUAGCCCGGCAAUAACACGGCUCUGUCUGUCUCUCUCUUAUCAUUCGAAUUUCUUCUUUUUUCUUUCCUUUCCUCGGCAAGAUUUUUUUAGCUGCCCAGAACUUUGUGCCACUUCUUCGUUUUCAAUGAUGAGUUAAGUUGGCCCUUACUUUUAACAAGCGAUCUGAUUUUGUUGACGACUGGUAAUGGGUGUUUUUAAUUAUGUAGUCAUCCUGUUUAGUGUUGGGUUUUGUGUAGAUUGGAAUUUGGUGGUUUAGACAGGCAGUAGUUUUGAUAGUGGUGGGGAUUAUAUGGAGAAUGCAAGGAGCCACGGGAAUUAGAUUCGUGAUGGAGAAAGAAGAAUGCUUCUCUUAUAAAGUGGAAUACGAAGGGGACACACUUCACAUCUCUUUCGUCGUCAUUAAAUCUGAUUCUCCAUGGCAUUUCAGCGAGGAUGGAGUCGAUCUCGUGAUAAAGGGCCCUUCUGGUGAACACAUUCAUGAUUUUCAUGAUAAGAUCAGCCAGAAAUUUGAGUUUGUGGUCCAAAACAAAGGGCUUUACCGCUUCUGCUUCACUAACAAGUCUCUUUAUACUGAGACCAUUGAUUUUGAUGUACAUGUUGGACACUUUGCUUACUACGAUCAACACGCAAAAGAUGAGCAUUUCAGUCCCCUGUUGACUCAGAUAGAAAAGUUGGAAGAGGCUCUUUACAACAUCCAGUUUGAGCAGCACUGGCUAGAGGCUCAGACUGACCGCCAGGCAAUAGUAAAUGAUAAUAUGAGCUCGAGAGCUGUUUACAAAGCAAUGUUCGAAUCAGUUGCACUGGUUGGGGUUAGUGCACUUCAAGUUUACCUUCUGCAGCGCUUGUUUGAGCGCAAGCUUGGAACAUCCAGAGUUUGGAGCCAUUAAUGCCACCGUGCUACUACUUGUUUGAUUUAUUUAUAAUGUAGCAAGGUAAUUUUUAAUUUUAACCCCGAUUUUUUUCAGUCUAAUCAUUAUUGGGUAUAACAUGAGGGUAUGACAUUUCGUAAUUGUUUAUAAGAGAUCUUUCUUUUUAAA